UGAGCUGCAUAAUUUGUUCAAGUCAAUUACAGAAUCCUAUUAUGAAAUGUCUAGGUCCCUUCAAAGCCAUAAUCACAAUAGUCUUUAUCCUCAAUCACAAACUAUUCAGUUGUAUUUGUUUAUGAAUUGGACAGCAUCAAGAAACAGACCAGAAGGCCUUGAACAGAAAACAUGGUAGCUGUAUUCAACAAAGAGCUCUUGAGUUGGUACCUCAUCACCCUUAAACUCAAAGAAACCUUACAAUCUGGGAUCCCAUCUUCUCCUAAUUCAGGUAGCCGAUCAACAGAGUUUCAGCAGCAGCAAAAGCUUCAGCAGGAACCUUCAGAAUCAUUGCAGGUUGUCAUCAAUGUAGAAGGUGAAAAUUUGCAAGAGGAACCCAACUCACCAGUAUCUGAAUGGGUGAUCUCCAUCAAUGAGAAGCUAGAGCAAGCACGUCAAGAUGACAUGGCAAGUUCAUGGGCCAAGCUAUCAAUCUACAAAAUUCCUCACUACCUUAGAGAAAGCAGCGGUGAUGAUAAAGCUUUUGCACCCCAGAUUGUGUCCAUAGGUCCUUACCAUCAUGGCAAAAGACGCCUUCGCCAAAUGGAGCGCCAUAAAUGGCGUUCUCUUAACCAUGUCCUCAAGCGUACCAAACAUGACAUUAGCCUCUAUCUCAAUUCAAUGAAAGAGAUAGAAGAAAGAGCUCGCUCCUGUUAUGAAGGACCAUUCAGUUUAAGCAGCAAUGAGUUUGUGGAAAUGCUGGUCCUUGAUGGUUGUUUUGUGCUGGAGCUAUUUAGAGGAGCCAUAGAGGGAUUCAAGCAACUUGGAUACUCCAGGAAUGAUCCUGUUUUUGCAAUGCGUGGAUCGAUGCAUUCCAUUCAAAGAGAUAUGAUCAUGCUAGAAAACCAGCUCCCCUUGUUUGUACUAGAUAUGCUUCUGGGAAUUCAACUGGGUAACCCAGACAUGAAAGGACUUGUUGCAACUCUAGCACUAAGGUUCUUUGACCCUUUAAUGCCAACAGAUGAACCAUUGACAAAAAGUGAUAGAAGCAAAUUGGAAUCAUCACUUAAAAGCACUGAAACCUUUGACCCUUUGUCCGAUCAAGGAGGUCUUCACUGCUUGGAAGUGUUCAGGAGAAGUCUUUUGCGCACAGGACCACAACCACCACCCAGAACAUGGAUCAAACGCAGGUCACAUGCUAAUAGAGUUGUUGACAAACGAAGGCAGCAACUGAUACAUUGUGUCACAGAGCUUAAAGAGCUUGGAAUCAAGUUCAAGAAAAGGAAGACUGAUCGAUUCUGGGAUAUCAAAUUUAAGGACGGUAUUCUGCGAAUACCACGGCUCUUGAUCCACGAUGGUACCAAGUCUUUGUUCCUCAACCUCAUUGCCUUUGAGCAGUGUCAUCUUGAUUGCAGCAAUGACAUUACAUCCUAUGUUAUAUUCAUGGACAACUUGAUUAACUCUCCAGAGGAUGUGGGGUACCUUCAUUACCGUGGGAUCAUUGAGCACUGGCUUGGCAGUGAUGCUGAAGUUGCAGACCUUUUCAACCGCUUAUGCCAAGAGGUUGUGUUUGACAUUAACAACAGUUACCUUUCCCCAUUGUCAGAGGCUAUGAAUCGGUAUUACAACCAUAGGUGGAAUACUUGGUGUGCAAGCUUGAGACACAAUUACUUCAGUAAUCCUUGGGCCAUUAUCUCUUUGGUUGCUGCUGUUGUCUUGUUGCUACUUACUUUUGCACAAACCUACUACACUAUUUAUGCAUAUUACACACCACCAGGGUAACUGGUAAGUACCCCUGAGGGCCUUUAUUUCCUAUACAUAUCAGUAUAUAUAUUUUUUGAAUAACUGAUCGUGUUUUAUGUUUUGAGAUAUUGAUAUUUUGGUGUUAGUUUCAAGAAUCAAGCCUAGAAAACGAGCUUGGAAAGUUGGAAUCUCGUUAAUUCAUUUAUUUUGUCCCAGAAAAUACUGGCUACUGUAGUAAUUCAACUUCCUUUUGUAAUGCAAAUGUUCGCACAAUUUUGGCUUAAUUGCCUUGCAAAGUUUUCAUUUAAUAUUGAAAGU